CGUCACCAUUCCCAUCGUACUCAACGCUUCUGUUCUACACUUCCCCUCGACCUCUUCACCAUCACCCCACGCUCGUCUCCUAUAAGGGGAAGUGAAGUGCUGCGGUCGUUGGCUCCUAAAGUCGCGAAAUCAUCCUCCUUCCCCUCCCGCAAGGCACCUCCUACUAUACCGUUCGGUCUCCGGCACUUUCCUCGCGCAUCACCCUCACCGCCGCCUCGCGAACUGAUAUCCACGUCUACCUCAACAUCCACUUGCGAGCUUUCAGAGCUUCCGGCUGGCUCACAAAGGAUACCCUCCAAGAAAUUCACUCGCAAUCUCUGGUACAAAUCUGACUGCUGCGCUCCACAACCCCCCUUACUCCCCACCACCAUGGCGUCGAAGAAGGAUGUCCCCGCCGAGUCGACGCGGCCGGCGAGGCAUGUACCGUCUGAGUUUGCGACAUUUGUCGAUACAAUGACAAAGGCGCUUGAAGCCAGCACGUCCCACGCCGCUGAAUUUCCAGACAAAUCGGACAUGAUGUUCCACCGCACUCUCGACCGCAAGUUUGCGAAGGGGAUCGACGCGUCGGGUGAUCGUGUCCUAAAGCUCGCGGACAGCCUCCUUCAACUCACAGUUGAUAGCCAGCCUAAAGCCAACAAGGCGACGCGAGUCAAGGCACGACGCAAGCUCGCUGAUGAGGACGAUGUCGUUGACAGUUUCCAGUCGACAGUGGUGGACCACGUGGACUCGCUCCUUGAAGAUGCUGAUACGCACAUUGAUGAGGCCAACGGCGCGCGGAAAAAGGCGGCGAUCGAUGUCGCGCCCAAUUCUCAGGCUAUGAAGAACCUCCCUGGGCCAGCCCAUAACCAACACCUAUCUAUGAGCCUCCGUCUCGACCGCGAUAUCCAAAAGCCCCAGCUGCUGUUCGCGGACGGCGUCGACAACUCUGCCGACCUUCCUCCGUGGAAGCCCACGCUGAAGGAGAAACAUCACGCGAUGGUGCCUCUGGAUUAUGUCGUUGGGUCGGAGGAGGACGAGCCUAUCGAGGAUGAUGGUACGCCGAGCUCGCGUCUUAGACGUGAGCGGCGGGAAAAAGCGCGCCAGCAUCCCUAUUACUACGAAACACGCCACCUUCCCUACCCUACCUCGAUGUUCCUCGAGCGCGAGGCCAUCAUGCCCAAGUCAUUCGAAGAUACUCCCUUUGAGUUUGUCGAUACGCCCGAGCGCCUGGCCGCUCUUACGGAGACGUUGCUCAAAGCCAAGGAGAUUGCUUUCGAUCUUGAACACCACCAGACUCGGUCGUACUACGGAUUCACUUGUUUGAUCCAAGUCAGCACGCGCGAGCAAGACUGGGUGAUCGACGCUCUCACCCUCCGCUCGGAGCUUCGAGAGCACAAGCUGGGUGGGGUAUUGGCUGAUCCCUCAAUCAUCAAAGUCUUCCACGGAGCUGAUUCGGACAUUGUGUGGCUUCAGCAAGACUUCGAUAUCUACGUCGUUAACCUGUUCGACACCUUCCACGCCGCCAAGACCCUUGACUUCCCCAAGAUGUCGCUGAGCAGCCUGCUUCAACUGUAUUGUGACUUCCAGGCCGACAAGAAGUACCAGAUGGCCGAUUGGCGUAUUCGCCCGCUUCCGAAGGAGAUGUUGUUCUACGCGCGCGCCGACACGCACUUCCUCUUAUACGUGUACGACCGCCUCAGAAACGCCCUCAUCACCCGCUCGUCGAGAACGACUUCGCCUGCUGCAGAAGGGGCAGAGGGGAGCGAUGGUGCUUCCACUCCCAAGCCCAACCCUCAAAGUGGUAUCCGCCGUGUCCUUGACCUAUCCGCUGAGACCGCCCUUAAGCUCUACGUCCGCGAAAGCUACAAUGAACAAACGGGAUCAGGACCGAUGGGCUGGCAGAACAUGGCGAAGAAGCUUGGCAAGGCCGAUGCUAUCAAGCAGAAGGCUGGAUAUAUCCUUAAGCGUCUCCACCGCUGGCGUGACGCGCUUGCACGGGAGCUGGAUGAGAGCCCUCAUUACAUCCUUCCUAACCAUACCGUUAUAUUCCUCGCCCAGACGCCACCGACCCGGCCCGAGGUGCUUGCACGCGUUCUGGGCAAGCAGGCUCCCGCCCUCCUGCCUCAAGUGGACGAGAUUCUCGGCGUCAUUGCCGCUGGCAUCCGAGACUAUGAGGAGGCUUCAAAGCGCCCUGAUAAAGGAAUAUCCGCAUCGGGCCUCGAAGCCCAGUCGUCGCUGCCCUCCUCGGCCACGCACUCGAUCGUGCAGAAGCCCUCUGGCUUGACGUCGGUGUCAACCGCGGCGAAGAAGGCAGAAGCCUCCAAGUUGGUGCCGGCGCCUAAGCGCCUGAAGCCUCACACGACUGUCGACGUUUGGGCUGAUCUCAUCGGCGGCAAGCAGGCUGUCCAGAAGACGGCGCCGACCUCGGUUCUGUUUGGCGCGACGCUUCAGACGCAGGCAUCUCCGGCGUCAAGUCCGGCGUCCGCAUCGGCGCCGUCCUCGUCACUGUUUGGGCGCACGCUUGACAAGGCGCCGAAGGCGGCAUUGUUGCGUAACAAACGCGGGCAGUCGCCCGGUUUCGCCUCCGUGCAGUCUACAAUUCAUUCCGCUCUCCAAAAGUCACCGCCUGAGCUCCCCGCGAUCAACCCAGCAGUGCCCACCCAAGGUGUCGAGCCCGAAACGGUCGCGUUUGUGCCGGCGGAAGAACGGAAGAUUACGAAAGCCGACGAGACCUCCACCUCCGCGUCCAUCGGCAAGAGCAAGAGCAAGAGCACAAGCAAAGGCAAGAGCGGGGCCACUGCCGCCGUUGGCGGAGAUGCACCCGCCAAGUCGGCGCCCAAGGGAGGGCCGACUGUUGACGCCGAUGGUGUGGUUGCUGUGCGCAAGCAGAAGAAGAGCAGGAAGGACAAGGUCAAGGUAGAAUCACAUUCCGGCCCUGAAACUGCCGAGGGUUCACCUGCACCCGAAAAGAAGGCGAAGAAAAAGAUCAAGGCGGAGGAUAUUCCCGCGUUUGACUACGCUGCCGAGGGCAACUUGCUGGACCAGCCGACAUCAUCGUCUGCUGACAAGACAGCAAAGCGGGGCAAGAAGAAGGAGAAGCCCAAGGCCAAGAAGGCGGGGGCGGGAGCAGCAGCGUCAUCCAAGACCUCGGGUAACCGUCGGCCACUUUCGAAUCCGAGUGAGCCGAAGAGUGGCAACAAGUCUGGGACUUUUAUGAACUAAGGCCGAGUUGCACCCGGUACCGAGAGGAGAUACGUCUCUUGUAUAGCACUGCACAUGUGGACUCGAGCCAACGUGUGUGCAGAAUCAUGCAUAUUCAUGAGUAUGCG